GGCGUGACGGGCCGCGAGCGCAGCCGAGCUGUCAGCGGGCGCACGGGGCGGGCGCGCAGCCCUCGCGGCCGGGGAGCGGAGCGCGCGCCGGGGACGCUGCCUGGCUGCUGCGGGCUGCCGGCCGAGCGUCUCGGGCCGGAGAUGUUGCUCCUCACCCCGGGCUCGGCCCGGGGCAGGGGCCGGGGGCGGCCGGCGGGGGCUCCCCGCGGUGGGCUCUCGUCGCCCUGGAGCCCCGCCUGGAUUUGCUGCUGGGCGCUCGCCGGUUGCCGGGCGGCCUGGGCUGGGGACCAACCCGCCGCCGCCAGCCGCCCGUUGCCUCCUUGCCAGGAGAAAGAUUACCACUUUGAAUAUACGGAAUGUGAUAGCAGUGGAUCCAGGUGGAGAGUUGCCAUUCCGAAUUCUGCGGUGGAUUGCUCGGGCCUGCCGGACCCCGUAAGAGGCAAAGAAUGCACGUUCUCCUGUGCUUCUGGAGAGUACCUGGAAAUGAAGAACCAGGUAUGCAGUAAAUGUGGCGAAGGCACCUACUCCUUGGGCAGUGGCAUCAAAUUUGAUGAGUGGGAUGAAUUGCCAGCUGGAUUUUCCAACGUUGCGACUUUCAUGGACACUGUGGUUGGCCCUUCUGAUGGUAGGCCAGUCGGCUGUAACAACUCAUCUUGGAUCCCUCGUGGGAAUUACAUCGAGUCAAAUCGUGACGACUGCACAGUGUCAUUGAUCUAUGCUGUGCACCUCAAGAAGUCGGGUUAUGUCUUCUUUGAGUACCAAUAUGUCGACAACAACAUCUUCUUUGAAUUCUUUAUUCAAAAUGACCAGUGCCAGGAGAUGGACAGCACGGCUGACAAGUGGGUGAAGCUCACGGACAGUGGAGAAUGGGGCUCUCAUUCUGUGAUGCUGAAAUCAGGCACAAACAUAUUAUACUGGAGAACUACAGGCAUUCUAAUGGGGUCUAAGGCUGUCAAGCCAGUGUUGGUAAAAAAUAUCACAAUUGAAGGGGUGGCAUACACAUCAGAAUGCUUUCCGUGUAAGCCAGGCACCUUCAGCAACAAGCCGGGUUCCUUCAACUGCCAGAUUUGCCCCAGGAAUACCUAUUCUGAAAAAGGAGCCAAAGAAUGCUUAAAGUGUGCUGAGGACUCCCAAUUCUCAGAGGAAGGAUCUGGGGAGUGCAUGGAGCGUCCUCCCUGCACCACAAAGGACUAUUUCCAGAUCCACACAAGGUGUGACGAAGAAGGAAAGACACAGAUCAUGUACAAGUGGAUAGAGCCCAAAAUCUGCCGGGAGGAUCUCACAGAUGCUAUUAGGUUGCCCCCUUCUGGAGAGAAGAAGGAUUGUCCACCUUGCAACCCAGGAUUUUAUAACAAUGGAUCAUCAUCCUGUCAUCCCUGCCCUCCCGGAAUGUUUUCAGACGGAACAAAGGAAUGUAGACCAUGUCCAGCAGGAACAGAGCCUGCUCUUGGAUUUGAAUAUAAAUGGUGGAACGUCCUUCCUGGGAACAUGAAAACUUCAUGCUUCAAUGUUGGGAAUUCAAAGUGUGAUGGAAUGAAUGGUUGGGAGGUAGCUGGAGAUCAUAUCCGGAGUGGGGCUGGAGGUUCGGAUAAUGAUUAUCUGAUCUUAAACUUGCAUAUCCCAGGAUUUAAACCUCCAACAUCUAUGACUGGAGCCAUGGGUUCUGAACUAGGAAGAAUAACAUUUGUGUUUGAGACACUCUGUUCUGCAGACUGUGUUCUAUACUUCAUGGUGGAUAUCAAUAGAAAAAGUACCAACGUGGUGGAAUCAUGGGGUGGAACGAAAGAAAAACAAGCUUAUACCCACGUCAUCUUUAAGAAUGCAACAUUCACAUUUACAUGGGCCUUCCAGAGAACUAAUCAGGGUCAAGAUAAUAGACGGUUCAUCAAUGAUGUGGUGAAGAUUUAUUCUAUCACUGCCACUAAUGCAGUCGACGGGGUGGCAUCCUCAUGCCGUGCCUGUGCUCUUGGCUCUGCACAGUCGGCCUCGUCGUGUGUCCCCUGCCCCCCAGGCCACUACAUUGAGAAAGAAACCAACCAGUGCAAAGAAUGUCUACCAGAUACCUACCUGUCUGUGCAUCAGGUCUAUGGCAAGGAGGCUUGUAUUCCAUGUGGGCCUGGGAGUAGAAGCACUCAGGACCACUCAGUUUGUUAUAGUGACUGCUUUUUCUACCAUGAGAAAGAAAAUCAGAGUUUGCACUACGACUUCAGUAACCUCAGCAGCGUGGGCUCAUUGAUGAAUGGCCCCAGCUUUACCUCCAAGGGAACAAAAUACUUCCAUUUCUUCAAUAUCAGUUUAUGUGGGCAUGAGGGUAAGAAGAUGGCUCUCUGUACCAAUAAUAUAACAGAUUUUACAGUAAAGGAAAUGGUGGCAGGAUCUGAUGAUUACACAAAUUUGGUAGGAGCAUUUGUAUGUCAGUCAACUAUUAUUCCUUCUGAAAGCAAGGGCUUCAGAGCAGCCUUAUCAUCACAAUCCAUCAUUCUGGCAGACACGUUUUUAGGAGUGACAGUUGAAGCCACACUACAAAAUAUUAAUAUAAAAGAAGAUAUGUUUCCUGUUUCCUCAAGUCAAAUACCAGAUGUGCAUUUCUUUUAUAAGUCUUCAACAGCAACAACAUCUUGUGUUAAUGGCCGAUCAACUGCUGUGAAAAUGAGGUGUAAUCCUACUAAGCCAGGAGCAGGAGUGAUUUCAGUCCCCAGCAAGUGCCCAGCAGGCACCUGUGAUGGCUGCUCAUUUUUUUUCCUGUGGGAGAGUGCUGAAGCUUGCCCUCUGUGCACGGAGCAUGACUUCCAUGAGAUCGAGGGAGCCUGUAAGAGAGGAUUUCAGGAAACCUUAUAUGUAUGGAAUGAACCUAAAUGGUGCAUUAAAGGAAUUUCUCUGCCUGAGAAAAAGUUAUCAACCUGUGAAACAGUUGACUUUUGGCUAAAAGUUGGUGCAGGUGUGGGAGCUUUCACAGCAGUUUUGUUGGUGGCUCUAACUUGUUACUUCUGGAAAAAAAAUCAAAAAUUGGAGUACAAAUACUCCAAAUUAGUUAUGACGACCAACUCAAAAGAGUGUGAACUCCCAGCUGCAGACAGUUGUGCUAUUAUGGAAGGAGAAGAUAAUGAAGAAGAAGUUGUAUAUUCUAAUAAACAGUCAUUACUCAGAAAACUCAAAUCCUUGGCUACAAAGGAAAAAGAAGAUCAUUUUGAAUCUGUUCAGCUGAAAUCCUCAAGAUCCCCAAAUAUAUGAAAAAACAGUGCUAUAGCCUUCAGACUAAUGACAAAAAAAAUCCCUGCCCUCUAGUUUUACAGGACUGUAGUUUAGAGAGUGUCCUCAUACCUGACACAUUGGUGAUCUCACAGAGGAGGGCCAUGUCACUGGAAAGGGAAGAAGGGUGAAAUGUUUGAUUGCCUUAUCACAUGGUCAAGUAUCUUGCCAAAAUUAGGAAAGCAAAUAAGUUUGGGUCUCAACUGAAGAUGAAGCUCAACUCAGGAAGAGAUUUUCUGUAUAUACAUGUAACUGAAAACCAAGGUUUAAACCCAUCAGUGCAUUGCUGAUGCAUGCCAUAUAAUUAAUGGGUAACUUUUGUUCUUUAUAACUUCAAUAUAAAAGGUGUGCUUGGAGAUACAAUGUGAGCUUAUAUGCAUUGUGAUCCAUUUAUGUCUUUAUUUAUAUUUGGGGGAUGAUUUGGAAACAAUUUUAAGUUAUAAUUAUUUUCCCAUUAUAUAUUUUCUGGAAAGACCUUUAAGCAUCUUUUCUAUUAAAAAUGCUGAACAAAGAAAUACUUAUUUUUUUUUCAUUUUUUCCACUUACUGGGAAUGCUUUUUGAAUUCAGAAACCUAAAGUGAGCAGUAGCUUUUCAGGAAGUGUCAGCAUGUGCUGGGGUUGUCAAAAUAUAUAAUUAAUUGCCUGUGAGAUUCCAUCCGUGUUGGAAUUGUAAGAAGGGGUUUGACUGAAAGUGUUAAAGGUAUCUAAAAAUAAAAGACAAGGAAAAGCUUUUGCUUUCUAUUCAUACAAAGUUUAGACUAUCAUUGACAUCAGAUGGUUUUAAAAAACAUUUUUUGUAGUACUUGAAGUGUAAUUUCAAAUGAGUGGGACAUUUUGUUGAAAAAAUUAUUUCAUUCAUUAUGAAGAAAUUCAAUAUAAAUGCAGAUAAAUGUACAGAGAUGUUGGGAAAAUUCUGUGGUCUCCAGUAAACAGGAGUGGAGCAUUUGCCAUAUGGCAAGCAUUCAAGGUUACACAGUUAUUUUCCUGUCACACAACUUUGAAUAAUGUGACUUCUAUGAAAGUUUUCCUUUCCAAGCCAAUAUGGCACAGAUUAAAAUUUAGAAGUCUACUUAUGAUUGCGUUCAUAAGAAGAAUGUGAACAUGAACAUUUACUAAUAAGUGUUGUCCUUUCUCAAAAUUGUUAUUCAAAAUUGAUCCAGAUAAUUGCAAAACUUCCUAGACAGAUUGCAGUCUGUAAUACCUGAAUAUUAUUUUUGAAAGAUGUUUGCAGUUGGAUUGAACUAAUUUUAUGUAACCCUCAAUUGUUAUAGAACUGGGAAAGAGGAAUUUUCUGGGCACUGAUAGUUAUUCUGAUUCACUAAUAGUUAUUCUGAUUCAUUUCCAAUAACAGUCAUCUUUAUUGAUACUAAUCCAGAAUUUUUUAAAGGCUGAUGAUUAGCUAAAAGAGACAAGACCUGUGGGCAGGGUUUGUUGAAUAUUUUGGUCCAAGUUUUUCAACGAGUUUUGGCUUGUAACUUUUGAUUCUUUGGGUGUUGUCUUAUUUUUGUGGGAAAUGGGAUAAAAAUAAAUGUGUUUAUUUGGUUGGUGGGUAAAACAGUGGGCCACUGUGUUAUUGUUGACUGUCUUCAUGUAAAUAUCUGCUGUCAUACUCAUGAGUAUAGGUAAGAUUGUCAGUAUUUAAUUAUUUGUGUGUGUGUGUGUGUGUUUGUCAGAGAAUCUGAGAGGGUGUCACUUAGCAUAAUCCCUUUUCACAUUUAAUUUCUUGAAUCUUAUUAAAAAAGGAGAAAUCAUUCUGUCAUUGCUUAUUUUUAUCCCGCUAACAGUGCUAAUGAGCCAUUCCCUGUCUUGAUAAAAAAUUUAAACAGAAGUAUGAAAAUUCAUUCGUUGGUCUAUUUUUUUUAGAGAAACCCUAUCAAAACUGUACAGGAUGGACAGAGCCAGAAAGUUUCUGUGUAGUCACUUGUCACCUCUCCAUCUUUGGCUGUACUCAAACAUAUAUGUUCCAAGCUGCAGAGAUAAUUGGGACUUGCUCCUAGGUUAGCUUCUUUAUUCUCCUGUCACUGGACUGAAAUCUGUGACAUGUCAAAAAUGCCUUAAAUUUUAAUGAACUCUCUGAAAUGUAGUAGAUAUUAUUGAAGAAAUUAUUUUUUUGCCUAAUUUUAGAUAUUACAUUUUGUCAGUUUAGUUCCAUUUUUGGAAAGGAACCUCCUUUCCCUUAAGAUCUUAGAGGUUUGUCAUUUUCUUUCAAGCAUUGGAGAAGUAUGACAAAAAGAAUAUUAUUAGAAAAAUAUUCAGACCAAUCCUGGCUAUGAAAUUUACUUCAGUUUUAUGUCAUGUCUUUGCAGAGCUCAGUAGAAUGUUGAAAGGCAUAAACAAGUUAAUCAGGUUUCAGUGACUUUUAAUUGACAUUUAUUGUUACUCCCCCCUCACCCCAAAGUGGUAGAACUUAUUUGUUAUUUUUCAAGAGGCACAGUUUUGAAGCCUUAAGCCUUCAUUAAGUCAACCGUCUCCUGUAAUAUCUCUUAGCACUCUGUCAAAACAUAUUUAAAUCAAUUUUCCACUGGAUAUAACCCUGUCUUUUAUGGAUAAAUUGUAUCAUGCCAGUUAAUAGUGCUGAACAAUUUGAUAUGUUUCUCUUAAUUAAAAUGGCUGAAUUUUA